AUUUUCAGUCUUCUUUUGCACCAGUGUCGACGCAUUGCACCUGUUUGCAUGUCAAGUUACGUCAAAUUCACCCCCAUCUCGGGUGCGAAAAACGAGGAUCCGUUAUGCUAUCUGUUGGAAAUCGAUGAAGUCAAGAUAUUGCUGGAUUGUGGCUGGUCAGACCAGUUCGAUAUGGACGAUCUAGUGCAUCUAAAAAAAAUAGCAAAGCAAAUUGAUGCCGUUCUUAUUUCGCACGCUGAUUUACCUCAUUUGGGCGCGUAUCCUUACGCUCGCAUGCAUUUGGGCAUGAGUUGUCCAGUGUACUCGACCGUGCCUGUGGUGAACAUGGGCAAAAUGUGUUUAUACGAUAUAUACCAAUCCAAAACUCGAGAAAUGGAAUUCACGACCUUCUCUUUGGAAGACGUUGACAAUGCAUUCGACAAAAUAACAGCCCUCAGAUAUUCACAACCAUUUGCCCUUCCUGGAAAAUGUCAAGGUAUCACCAUUACAGCCUAUGCAGCGGCUCAUACCAUUGGUGGUACUAUUUGGAAAAUCAAACAAGAUACAGAUGAAAUUGUUUACGCUGUGGACUUUAACCACCGAAAGGAAUGUCAUUUGGAUGGUACGGUUCUCCAUUCCGGUGGUGUCGUACUGGAUGCAUUGACACGUCCCUCGCUGCUGAUCACGGAUGCGUUGAACGCUUCCGUGGUGCAUCCACCUCGAAAAGACCGAUAUGCUGCCAUGUUUGAUACAAUGAUUACAACCCUCCGCGAUUCAGGUUCCGUUUUAUUACCUACAGAUUCUUCCGCACGUGUUCUGGAGCUUGCCUAUCUGCUGGAUCAACAUUGGGCAAAUUAUCAAUUGUCUUAUCCGCUCAUCAUGCUCACCAAUACCAGUUACCAUACAGCUCAUUUUGCGAAAAUCAUGCUUGAAUGGAUGGGAGACGACCUCACCCGCAACUUCUCGCAAACGCGUGAAAACCCUUUUGAAUUCAAAUACCUGCGUCUGUGUCACAGGUUGGAAGAUCUAGAAAACUAUUCUGGUCCCAAAGUGGUGAUUGCCAGCAAUCACAGCUUAGAAACCGGAUUUGCUCGCGAACUGCUUUUGCGGUGGAUGGACAGCGGUGAUCAACAACCAAGGAACACGCUCAUUCUCACCGAUCGAUCUUCUCCCCAUUCAUUGGCCCGAAAAAUCUAUGACGACUGGGAUGCCAAGACCGACGAAAUGGUCGCCAAUGAUCCAAGUCUCGUCAGCGGAACCAAGAAAGUGCCCGUAAAACCUGCCAUCGAAUACGAAAACAAAUUCCAUUUAAAGGUUUUUAAACGAGUACCCUUGGAAGGCGCGGAAUUACAGGAGUAUGAAGCGGCGCAGCGGGCGAAAGCAGAAAGGGAUGCAGCUCAGGCAGCAAUAAUUGCCCGCAGCAAGACCAUCAUGGAAGAAGAUGAAUCCGAUAUUUCCGAUAUCGAAGAAGCAGACGAUAACAUGGAGGAUCUUUUAAUGUCUCAGUACGAUUUAUACGUACGUGAUGCCGGCAAAUCUGGCGGUUUCUUCAAACAGACUCAAAGUUAUCGCAUGUUCCCGUACCUGGAACGACGAAAGAAAAUUGAUGAUUACGGCGAAGCCAUCCAAGUCGAGCAUUACAUGAAAGCUUCCGAUUUGGAUCGCAUGGAAAUGGAGAAAAACAUGGGAGAAGGUCCCGAUUUUGGAAAAGAUGCAAUGCAAGUCGAUAUCGAGGAACCUAUACUUCCCCGAAAAGAUGAGACACCGACCAAAUAUAUUUGGCACGAGCAGGAUGUCCAUUUCAAAUGCCUGUUACGCUACGUCGACCUUGAAGGACUUUCGGACGGUCGGUCCAUGAAGACCAUUUUACCUCAGAUCGCGCCCAGAAAAUUGAUCAUUAUUCACGGUCCUGGAAAUGCCACAGCGGAUCUUGCUCAGGCCUGCCAACAAAUGGACCAUUUUACCAAGGAAAUAUUUACACCCUCCAUUGGCGAAGUUCUCAACGUAUCUGCGGCUACAAAUAUUUACCGUGUCAAACUCACAGAUGCUCUCGUGAGCUCUUUGCGUUUUGCAAAGUUGGACGAUUACGAGUUGGUACGUGUUUCGGGUCGCAUUCAUUUUCCGGACGAUUCUACUACACCGUCUCUGGGAAUUGAUGAUUCUGAAGUACCAUCCAAGUGGGAACCCGCUGUUUUCGUUGGCGAUGUUCGACUGACGGAAUUCAAGCGCUUACUGCAGAACGAAGGCAUCUCGGCCGAGUUCAAAGGUGAAGGUAUGCUCGUAUGUAACGAUCAAGUUGCUGUGCGCAAGGUAAGUCUUUUGAUUCCGCUGAUUUGCUGGCAGUCAUGUGUUUCUUGAAAAGUUAACGCUGGGUAUUGCAGACCGGCACAGGACAGCUUUUGGUGGAAGGAUUGCUGUCUCCCGACUAUUACAAAAUCCGUUCCUUGUUGUACUCUCAGCACGCCAUAUUGUAAAUAAAAUUCGCGCCAAAAACGACCCCAAUCAUUCAUAUAAACGAUGAGCUUUCGCUUUGCAUACAAUAGCCGCAUUGGGAAUCGCCAUCCAACACACUCAUAUAACGUAAAAAUAAAGCAUUUCCUUUUCGU